UUUACCUACAGUUGUUGUUGUUAUUGUUAUUAUUAUUGUUGUUGUUGUUGUGAUUGUCGUUUCUAGUCCGUUAGUAUUCGCAUAAUUUCUACGGUUUUUUUUUUCAACCGACAAUUUUUUUAGACAUUUACUUUUUUGCAAUCGACCCGCCGUCAAGUAUAAUAUAAUUACAUUGGUUAUAGUAGGUACGUUUAGUGUAAUUUUUAUUUCCACAAUUUGUUCAUAUCCGCUAAUCGGCACUUGUUCGCUGAACCCAUAUUGUCGUCACGGUACCUACUUAAGAAGGUUUUGCACUUAAACAUAUUUUGGUUUGUCUUUAGAACGGUUGAAGAUGAGCGACAACGAUCCGUGCGAAUGCUUCUGGAAUCACGAGUUGUCGAUGCAACGUCUGAUAUCGCUGCUUCGUCAGUCGCAGUCGGCGUGCACCGAUAUCGACUGUUUGGAUCCAGUGCAGAGAUUGGACACUCCAGGAGCGUCGAACGGCGAAGACACUAACUUCAUUCUACUGACAGGCGUAUGGGUGAUUGUCGCUUUGGUGUUGUACUUCAUGCGUCCCAAUCGGGCUCGUACACAAGAAGAGGAAACCAAAAAAUUGCAGUUUGGCGGAACCGAUAACGGCGGAUCGAAUGACCCACCGCCGCCGCCGCCGUCGAUGGGAGCUCAAUAAUUCAGAAUUUUUAUAUAUAUAAAAAAAAAAAAAAAUUUACAUUCUCCGAGCAUUUAUUUUAAGCUCGUUCACUUUGAAAUUCCCUUCCAUUAUUCCAUUAAAAAAAAUCAUCAUUAUAAUCUCAUAGAUGUUAAGACCUAUCAAAGUUUUUAAAUACUUGACUGACGUAAUAACUGUAUGCUCCAGAAUUGAAUAAAAAAAAAACCGGUUUUCUUGUAUUCAAAAAUCAAGACAUCGUCAUCCAUACUUGGAGACUUUUUUUUUUAAUCUUACGACGUUAUUUUAAACUCUACCAUCAUUCGUCGAGUAGAAAAUGUUGUUAAAAUAUUAUACAUCUUAUUGUUUUGUACAGAAAUAUAAAUGUACACAUUGUGACACGUAGCGUAAAGA